AUGUCGCCUUGCAAGCAAACCGACCAUGAGCAAAUUUUAAGCAUAUGUCAAGGUUUUGAACCCACACAGACAGAUUUAAAUUCUGUUGUAUCAACUGCUUGGCUAAAACCAGUUAGAUUUACUUCCAAUGAGCCCAAUGAUUCAGAAACUCCUGCUGGGGCUUUUAACUUCAAGACCUGUUUAUCUAACAAUUGCCCUGAAAAAGUGCUGACAGCAGACCACCACGGUCUUGACUUGGUUGAAGAAGAAGAAGAAGAAGAAGAGCAGAUUACACAUCAAACUUUCAAGUUUGAUCCUAAUAACCCGGGGAAUGAGGAAAAAUACAAAUCUAUCUAUUAA